UGGUUUUAUCGAUCAUAGCAGAAUCGAUGGACUUAACUACACAGACGAAAUAGACUGUGAAGAAGAUUGGCCUUGUAACAAUGCAUAUACACGAUGUGAUGGAAAAUGGAAUUGUCGCAAUGCAAUCGAUGAAGCUAACUGUCCUUAUAAUCCAUGUCGUCCAAAUGGUCGUCCUUGCAUAUUACCAUUUAGUCACAAUUUUACUUGCUUACCUCUAUCACGAAUCAAUGACGGUCGUAUUGAUUGCGUAGGUGGUUAUGAUGAACAAGAUCGCUGUGAACCACAGCUGCAAUCAUUACUACGUAAAACUUAUCGUUGCUUUAAUGAGACACAGUGCAUCUAUAUGUAUGAGAUGUGUGCUUCAAACGUACCACAUUGUUCAUCAGGAGAUGACCAAGAUCUAUGGUGUAAAAAGCUAAAUUUAUCAGAUGUUGUAGAUUAUUCGGAUAUUUUUCAACAAUCACGCGAUUUCGAUUAUCACUUCUAUGACUAUCAACUAAAUUUUGGCCUACAGAAAGAUUCUUUUGCCUAUUUUACAUUGAAAAAUCAUCUUCUCUAUCCUUUUCCUAUUGAGACAAUUACCAACGAGUAUAAUUCUAUCGCAGCAACAACUGUGGAAUCUGUUCAUUCUAACCCAUUUGAUUUCAAAUGGCAUUUGGAAUCGAAUAGUCAUGGUUUAAGUUCAAUUUGUAAUCGUGGAAUUCCGAUCUAUGUGAAUAGUUUCUCAGAAAAUUCUUGUUUAUGUCCACCAGCCUAUUUCGAACAUCGAUGUGAAUAUCAAAAUCAACGAAUUAGUCUUACAUUACGGUUUCGAACAGUUGACUUGCGAGCAGUAUUCAAUUUUGUUAUCAUGCUUAUUGAUGAAAGUACAAACAUUCAUUCGUCGGAACAACUUGAUUAUGUGUCCGUACGUGAUUGUUCGAAAAAAUUCAAUUUCUAUCUUCUCUAUUUGACGCGACCAAAAAAUGCCAGCCGAACUUAUUAUUUACGUAUUGAUACAUAUAAUAAAGAAAAAAUGAAAUAUUAUGUUAGUAUGAUCUAUCCUAUUCAAUAUUCAUUCUUACCAGUACAUCGUCUUUCACUACAAGUCGAUGUUUCAGUACCAAAAGUUACAGGCAAAUCGAAAAUUUGUCCUUUAAAAUGUUUGCAUGGACAAUGUAGACAUUUUUCCAAUUCCGAUCAAUACUUCUGUCAAUGUUCUGAGAGUUAUUCUGGAAUGUUAUGUACAAUAAAGAAUUCAUGUGAUUGUUCAUCAGAUUCGAUUUGUAUUGGAGUUGUAAACAAUCGAUCAAUAUGUGUUUGUCCUCUUGAUAAAUUUGGACCACGUUGUUAUCUGAAGAGGAUAGCUUGCGUCUCGAAUCUGUGUUCUAAUAAUAGUCGAUGUAUUCCUCGUGAUGAGAAAAACUUCGAAAUGGAAUACUUUUGUCUUUGUUCUCAAGGUUACAUGGGUUCAAGAUGUGAAAGUCUCGAGACAAAAAUCGAAUUUCAUUUUUCUAAAACGAUAUCCAUUCCACAAACGAUUUUCAUUCAUUUUAUCUCUAUUCCACCAAAACCUAACUCACCUCUAAGAAUACCUCCUUCUGAUCCAACACAGAUAACUAUGAUGUCAAAAUUAAAGUUUCAUGAAAGUUCAACUAUUGUUUAUUAUGGAGGAGCAUUCCAUCUAGUAUUUCUAGAAUUUCAUCAACAAUAUUAUCUUGCUUUACUUCAACAUAAUUUUACAUCAGCAAUGAAUGUUUCAACGACAAAUAUUCCUGAACAUCGAUGGUAUAAUUAUUGUGAAAAUAAUGGUCAAUGUUUUCAAGACAAUAAUACUUGUCCAACAUCAUCGGCAUGUUUGUGCAAAGAAUGUUAUUAUGGUAGUCGACGUCCAUUUACUACAACAGGAUUUGGCCUAUCACUCGAUGAUAUUCUUGGUUAA